AUGUCGCCUGAGUCCGAAUUUCUUGAACGUCUACUGGUCAACGAUCCCUAUAACCAGCGGCGUAUCUUCGUGUUGAGAUGCUUGCACGACGCAAUCUUUCAUCUUCUCCACGAACCGCACCGUCGUGAUGAUGUGAUUUCCACCUUGCGGGAGGAAGUUGCCCCCGAAAUCGAUAUCUCCAUCUCGAGUGCAGUUUUGGAGCGUGAUUCCCAGUACGAGCGGUUGUGCCGCAACCUUGAGGUUUCGCUGCCUACCGCGAUCAGGAUUCUCAGCAAGCAUGACGACCCCGAGACCGACCAAGAGGUUGCCGCGGAUCUCAUCAGCUGCAUCCCUACCUCACUGCAGCAACCUGCUCGAUGGGAACCGGAGGUCGAAGAGACUUCUGACGAGGAGUCUGGGCAGCAUGACAGACGUCUUCAGCUUCGCAGAUAG